AUGGCCCGGCCCUACGACCCCCCUACCCACAUUCCACCCUUCGUGAAACCGCUCGCUCCUUACAUCAAGCCCCGUCAAGAGGCUCUCCGCAUCCGACAAGCAUUGACGUCGUACCUGCGCUCCUUUAUCGUCUUCGCCGAUGCCGACCCGACCGUUGCCCAAUCCCAUCUCGCCCUGUGUGUGCCGACGGACGCCGUGACCGAUGUCAAACGCAUCCCUGCGGAUCUCUCGGGGCUGCGGAAGGAAUAUUUGAAGGCGCUGCAGGCCAAUGUCGCGGCACAGAAGGGGCUGCAGGCUGUGUCGGAGGACGUUGCCUCGCUGAGGCGGCAACGGUCAUCCAGGCACAGCCCUGCUGACCCCGUCGAUCCCCAGGAACCUGGGGCGGAGCUGCGAGAUUAUCUACAGCUCCUUCGCGAUCGGCGUCGCCAUACCAAGCUGCAGGUCUUUCAGCAUUAUCUUGAAGAGCUCCAUGCCCGAGAGCCGAGUGGCCUCGUGGCGGAUGAUGGCCUCGGGGACGAUCCCAACCAACAGCUGCUCCUCCCGGAGACAGAGGGAGUGGAUCGUGGUGGCUCCUAUGCAGACCUACAGGGGUUGGUUCACAAUCUUGAAAGAGCGGUAGUACGCGCCCGAGCACAGUUGGACCGGGAGAAGCAAUUGUUCGAAAAGGUCAAGUCGCGGCACGACUCGAGAUCAAGUGCAACUCCAGACGAACCGACACCCGAUGUUAAACUUCAGGCCUUACAACGCACACGCGAUGAGCUAGUACAAUGGGUCGAGGAACGCCUGGUGGAUGUUGGAGAAAUGGACGAGAGUAUGGUGCAGGACCUGCCUUCGGAGGAGAUUGAGGAGACUCAGCGUCUCAUGGAGAAUCAAAAGGCGCAAAUUAGCGAGCAGUAUGCCGCUUAUCUACAGGCUCGACAGGAACUGCUGGAUACCGCCUCCAAAGCCUGCCAGCCGGUGACCGUAAGCUCUAAACCGACGCAGCGGCUAAGCUACCGGGCUGAGCUUCCCACCGAAGAGCUUCCAGCACCCGAUCCGCUGGAUCUUCUGGCGUACGCCAACGGGACCCUCGUCCCGCUUUCGAAGAGCCAGAAGGCACUGGCCCUUCAAAAGACCUACUUGAGCGGACUACUCGCGAAAGAGAAAUUCACGACGCUUCGCGCUUUUCACCGUCUACGAGACGAGAGUCACCUGCUCCCCGAAUACCCUAUCCUUGCCCGUCAACCCCGCUUCAAACAUGCCGUAGCCGCGCUGAAUUCCCGCAAUCAACACCAGUCCGCCGAUCUAAACCCGCCAGAUGAGAUUGUCAGUCUUGCCGAAGCGUGGUCAUUUGCCUCGGACGCCGCCGCAUCGAACGAACGAGAUUAUGUACAACAAAAGGUCGCACUGGGGACAGAGGUCACGCAAGAUGCACGGAAGACGCUGGCCGAGGUGUACGAGACGCUCAACCAAGACCUCAAUGAGGUCAUGGGCGACGGUGUGGAGCAGGACUCGGAGGCGUCAGAUAUAUGGGCCUCCGAAGCUCGCACACGACGACGGGUCGGUGGGUCCCGACAGGAAACAGGCCCUAAGGGACCAUGGGCCGGGUUGAACGGGCGAGUCGGAGUCGAAUGA